AGCGCCGUGACGACAUUGUGAACGUAUGCCCACCCCUUUCACAUACAGCUCAGCACUAGCGCUGGACUCCUCUGUACAUCUUCAGAGCAUCGCCAAGUGUUCUCCUUGGUGUCCUGCGCAAAACGCAUAGGCACCUCCGCUGGUGCGGUUGUUUCACCGGAUUCAAGCAGCCGAGCGUGUUUCUGUCAUUCUCACGCUUAUCGCUCCUUGUUUACCUUGCUUAUAACGGAGAUCAUAGAACACGGCGGGUUUUUUUCUUGGUUACGGGGAUGGGGGAAUGAUCAACCCCAUAUCCCCACAUCUGUGUCUUCAAACGUAGGACAGCUCCGCAGAAUGGCAUCCCUUGGAGGAGGGAUCGAGCACCGGCCACAGGCCGCUCGUCUAAUCCAGGCGGCUGUCUUUGCAGCCCUCGUCGCCCUGAGCACCUGCAUGACAGGGUCUCACAUGUGCCCGCGAAGUCUAGACUGUGCCCGGGCCGGGCGACACUUCUGCCAGCCGGGGGAUUCCAGCUGCGGGCCCUGCCUCUCCCCCCUGGUGGAUAACUCCCGCGGCAGGUGUGUGGUGAAGAGGAGGCACGCCCCUCGCGUGGGUAAAGUGGCCACGUUCCCCGAGCUCGACGAAGAGAUCGACUUCCUGUCCGCCAUCAUCAGCCAGCGGCAGGAGACCGACAUCCAGCUCCAAGGUAGCCUCGCUCUCCCAUCCGUCCACACGCGACACUGUAUACGUUUAGCGGCGCCGCGCAAACCAGUGCCGGCGUCACACCUCCCACGCAUGACACCGGGACCACGCGCGUGUCUCAGGUCCCGACGAGUCCGCUUGACACGCUCUCUGUUCCGUCUCCCAGCUGCUCCCCCUCGGGAUGCCUCCGAAACCAAGGAGGAGCCGAAACCUCAGAGCGCCUCCCGCGGGCCCACGGCGGAGCCGCCCGCCACGCUCGGCGGCCCCUCCGCCCCGCGCAACGGGACGGCGUCUCCCACGACGACCAGCCAGGCCCCCUCGGGCGGCGGCGGGCCCGUCAUCGUGCCCAUCACCGCCCCCUACCCCUCGGACGAGCACGUGUUCCUCAUCAUGACCAGUGUCUUCAUCGUAGUGGGAUCCCUGGCUUUGAUCAUAGCUGGGGUCUGUUGGAUCAGAUUGCAGAAGGGUGUUCGCCUGGCCCAGAAGAUUGACUACCCUGCCUACGGGGGAAUGGGACCCCAGUCCUAUGACAACAAUGUGCCUGGAGACAAGAAGCUGGCGCGGAGUGCCCAGAUGUACCACUACCAGCACCAGAAACAACAGAUGCUGUCCCUGGGGAAACACAGGGAUGAGCCAAAGGUCCCAGACUCGGGCGCCACGUCGGAUGAGGAGAACGAGGACGGAGAUUUCACCGUGUACGAGUGCCCUGGCCUGGCCCCGACUGGAGAGAUGGAAGUGAAGAACCCUCUGUUUGACGACUCCCCCCUCUAUUUCCAGAGGACCCACAAGUAGACCCGGAAGCGCUGAUGGGCACACACACCGUAGACGACCCCUCCUCCUUGUACAGAGAAACGACACGCACACACACAGUAAACACUCGCCCAGCACACGUCACCAGGCUUCCGGAAGCUACCCAUUAGGAGCCUGGCCUCGGCCACAACCACUCCCACCACGUCAGGCCAGGUGUGCGUAGAGAAGAAGGGAUGGGAGGAGGAUGUGAGGGAUGUGUACAGGAGGAAGAGGAGGGUGAGAUGCAGACUAGAGGAGUGUAUCUGAGGGGGGUCUCCUCCUGGCUUGGGACAGAAAUCUGGGGCCAAAAUAUUUUUAUCCGAGGACUCACACGACCGUUCCUUGUGGUCUCACGUAAUCAUGCCUUUUCAAGUGUGUUUUUCAUUUUCAUGUUAAUUUAGGCUCUUGUUGAUCUCGAACACUCAUCUGUAGUUUCAGGGAAUGGGUUUGCGGUGAAGAACGAGUAUGUGUAUGCAUGUAUGUGUAUGAGUCGGGAUUCAACGGAUCUUGUGAAAACUGUCACGACGACGUCCAGUGACUCGGAUACAUCCAGUGUCUCGUCGGUUUGAAAGCUACGGUCUGUGACUGAGGAAGACGUUAAUUAGACGAGGGGCGGCAACAGAAGGCAAUUUCAUUUUUUGGAUUGUCCAUGUAAGCAGUAUACAGAGUAAACGAUAUCCAAACAUCUUUGAUUCUCUUCAUUCCCAGGUUGUGGCUUGGUUUCAGCCCAAAGAGAUUUGACUCUUUCAUUGAUGUACACACACACACACACACACACACACACACUGACAGUACCGUGAUCCUUUAAAGUCUGUUAUGUAGCCAUUGUAUUCUCAGUAUAGUCUCUCUAUGCAUGACUUGAUGCUGUGUUAUGAAAAAGUCGAUAUGCAUUUACGGUUCUUACAAGUUUCUUGUGCAAACUUGCUCACGAUAUACAUAACUUGAAUGAUUUCAAAGGAAUUUGAAACUUGUCAACCUAACUCUGAACCAGAGCAACCCUUUUGUGUAAAGACAAACAU